AUGAUGCAGCUCAAGUUCCUGUUCACUGUCUUCGCUCUUCUGAUGCUGGUCGUCCUGGGAGCCAAAGAAGCCGAUGCCGACUGCCUUUCCGGAAGGUACAGGGGUCCGUGUGCCAUCUGGGACAAUGAGACCUGCAGGAGGGUUUGUAUUGAGGAAGGAAGAGGACGAGUCAGUGGCCACUGCAGUGCCAGCCUGAAGUGCUGGUGCGAAGGAUGCUGA